UGACCGGACGUUAGUUUCGAUUCGGCACUCUCAUAGCCAACAGUGGUCCUUCGGAGUUACAUUCGGUAACAGCAGUGAAAAUAGUUGAGUGAAUUUAAGUUCUUGUAUCGUCUAGUACACUACCAUGGCUCCGCUGGUACUCUAUCAUUUCCCCGUCUCGCCCCCAUCUCGGUCGACCUUGCUGGUUAUCCGUAGCCUUGAGCUGGACGUGGAGGUCAAAAUCCUCAACCUGUUGGCUGGCGAGCACAUGCAGGAAGACUUCCUCAAAAUCAACCCGCAGCACACCGUACCGACAAUCGUGGAUGAUGAUUACGUUCUGUGGGAAUCCAAGGCCAUCGCCACGUAUCUGGUGGAGCAGUACAAACCAGACAGCGCGUUGUACCCGACGGAUCCGAAAGAGCGUGGCAUCGUGAACCAACGGCUCUAUUUUGACUCCACGGUACUGUUCGCCCGUACGUUUGCAAUCGUGGCACCGAUAAUGCGUCAGGGUGCUACCACUAUUCCACAGGAGAAAAAAGAUGCCCUCAAGGAGGCACUUGGUACUUUGAACGGCUAUCUGGAGGGCCAAGAAUGGGUUGCUGGAGUAAACUGCACGGUGGCUGAUCUUUGUCUGGUGGCAACGGUUUCUACUCUUGAUAAACUUGGAGUAGAUUUGACGGAAUUUGCAAACAUUAUCGACUGGUAUGAGCGUUGCAAGGCGCUACCAGGUUAUGACGAGAACGAGGAAGGUGCUAACGCAUUCGGGGGAUUUAUCAAGUCUAAGCUAGAGGAACCGUACUAAAGUACUUAAACGAUAAGCGCGUUAUUUACACAUGUUUCUACACUUAGAGUAGUUUGACCAGAUAAGUGAUAAUUGUUAAAUUGUUGUGACUCUCAUUGAGAAAACACGCACUGGAAAACCAGAAGAGAUUUGUUUGUCACGUAUGCAAUUAUUAUGCACAACAGCACUGCAAUAAAAGAAAAAUAAAUAUAACAGCAACUCUCGAAAAAGACCGGCAAUCGA